AUGGCCAACAUUCUGGCCUGGCUCCCUCGAACGAGCGGCGAGCAGAACAACCGUGGUCUUUCCAUUCGCUCCAAGGGCAACAGCAACAAAAACCGCGGCGGCGGCUUUUCGUUCUCGUCGCUUCGCGGCACGUCUCAGCCCGAGCUCUCUAAGCGUCUCUACCGUCUCAUCAAGUCCGAGAACUCCUUGAUCAGCGCCCACGAGACCGCCGGCCGCGAGCGCGUGUCGAUUGCCACCCAGCUGUCGGAGUGGGGCGAGCAGACGCACGAUGAUGCCGUGUCGGACAUCAGCGACAAGGUUGGCGUCGUGCUCUCCGAGAUUGGCGAGCAGGAGGACCAGUACGCACACGCCCUGGACGACAGCCGCGCCGUUCUCAAGGCCGUCCGCAACACGGAGAAGAGCGUCCAGCCCAGCCGCGAUAACAAGGCCAAGAUCUCCGACCAGAUCGCCUUUCUCAAGACCAAGGAGCCCGACAGCCCCCGCCUGGUGGUUCUGGAGCAGGAGCUUGUCCGCGCCGAGGCCGAGAACCUGGUGGCCGAGGCCCAGCUCACCAAUGUGACGCGCCAGAAGCUCAAGGAGGCCUUUGAGGCCGAGUUUGCCGCCACCAUUGAGCGCGCCGAGAAGCAGAUCAUCCUCGCCCGCCACGGCCAGCGCCUGCUCAAGCUGCUUGACGACACCCCGGUCGUCCCGGGCGACUCCCGCGCCGCCUACCAGUACAGCGGCCAGGCCCGCCAGAUCCUCAACGACGCCGAGGAUGAUCUGCGCGAGUGGCAGCCCGAGAUCAACGACGACGAGGCCGAAACCAACGGCCACGAGGGCAACAUCACCGGCAACGUCCGCCACGACGGCGCGGGCUCGAUCGGUGCCGACGACACGGGUGCCGAGGGUGCCGCAGGUGCCGAAGGUGCCGACGUCGAGCGUGUAGUCGGUGAGGCUUAA